GUCAUCUUGACCGUGCCAGCUAUGCAGUUGGCUCGCCUGCUUCCUCAUGUCUGGUAGUUGCAGGGGCACUUGGGGGUGGCACUGAGAUGUCCGACCCCCACCCACAGCCGCUCCACCUCCAGCACAACCUACAUCACAUUCAACAUCAGAAGCUGGUAGAUGUGGCAGCCAUGCAGACCAAGAUGCCGAAUACGUUCAGGGACUCAUCCACGGCUCCCCUAAGGAAAUUGAGUGUGGAUUUAAUCAAAACUUACAAGCACAUCAAUGAGGUUUAUUAUGCGAAGAAAAAACGCCGAGCGGUGGGCACAACUCAAGGGGAUGAGACCGGCAACAAGAAAGGCAAGGUGAACGCCCACAUCUAUAAUGAUGGUUAUGAUGACUCGAACCAUGACUACAUCGUCAAUCCAGGAGAGAAGUGGAUGGAUCGCUAUGAAAUUGAUUCCCUCAUUGGAAAAGGAUCCUUUGGACAGGUUGUGAAAGCAUUUGACCAUGUGGAUCAGGAGCAAGUGGCGAUCAAGAUCAUCAAAAACAAGAAGCCCUUUCUGAACCAGGCUCAGAUCGAAGUCAAACUCCUGGAGCUGAUGAAUUCCAAUGAUAGAGAGAACAAAUACUAUAUAGUCCGCCUGAAGAGGAACUUCAUGUUUCGUAACCACUUGUGCCUUGUGUUUGAGCUGUUGUCAUAUAAUCUGUAUGACCUUCUGCGGAACACUAAUUUUCGAGGGGUCUCCCUUAACUUGACCAGGAAGUUUGCGCAGCAGCUGUGUACAGCAUUGCUGUUCCUGGCAACGCCAGAACUGAACAUUAUUCAUUGUGAUUUAAAGCCAGAGAAUAUACUAUUGUGCAAUCCAAAGCGAAGUGCCAUCAAGAUUGUUGACUUUGGGAGCUCUUGCCAGAUAGGACAGAGGAUCUACCAGUACAUUCAGUCACGGUUUUACCGAUCACCCGAAGUGUUGUUAGGCAUCCCCUACGACCUGGCAAUCGACAUGUGGAGCCUAGGCUGUAUUCUGGUUGAGAUGCACACAGGAGAGCCUUUGUUUGCUGGGUCUAAUGAGUUUGAUCAAAUGAUGAAAAUUGUUGAAGUUCUGGGUAUGCCCCCGAAACACCUCUUGGACCAGGCACAGAAAACACGGAAAUAUUUUGAAUUGCUGCCAGACGGCUCAUACAUCCCACGCAAGUCUAAAGACAACAAGAAGUACAAAACUCCCCAUUCUCGGAAGCUGCAUGACAUAAUUGGAGCAGAAGCCGGUGGACCUGGAGGCCGAAGGGCAGGGGAGAUCGGACAUGGGGUGCCUGACUACCUUAAGUUCAAGGACCUCAUCCUACGAAUGCUGGAGUAUGACCCGAAAACUCGCAUCACACCCUACUACGCUCUCCAGCAUAACUUCUUUAAAAAGACCUCAGACGAAAGUACCAACACAAGCAAUAGUACCUCUACCAGCCCUGCCAUGGAGACUAGUGCCGGUAGUCCAGCAGGUCAGUCCAGUGGGCGAGCUCGUUCGGACCCUACCCACCAGCACCAUGGCAAUCUGUUGUCUAACCCGCAUAUGGGCUCGGGUAUUGGGAAUAACAGCGCUACAGCAGCCGCACCCUGUGGACAAGGUUCUCAUGCGCAGCCGUUGCUGCUGCCAGAAGAAAAUGAGGCUUGUGGAAUUCCUGCUUCUAACUUUGCCACCAUGGAGUGUGAGAGUCCUUCUUCAAUUGGGCUCAGCCAGACGCUGCCACCCCUAGGCACAACUCAGCAUAUCAGCGGUGGCAGCCGUUUGGGCUCUCAGCACCAUUACCUGUCGCAACUGCAGCAGAGUCAGCACAGCUGGAGCAGGCCAGACCCUGGGAUGCCACGACACGCUUCAUUGGGCAACCAGCCCAUAAGCUUGCCGGCUAACUCUGGGGUUGUCUUAGGAGGCGUGGUAAUCAACCAACCGUCUGGGCACUCUUACCUCAGCAGGAUUCCCAGGCCUUCAUCGUCGUCCACUUCGUCGUCCUCAUCCCUGCAUCACGUUGGACUUGUGUCCCCUCCAUCCUCCACUCUGAUUAUAGGUGGAGCAGUGUAUGAUGCCUCUGGUGUCCAGUUUCAGCGCACCGUGCCACACUUUGACUCACAGCAGAUUUUGUUGUCCUCCUCCUCUUCAUCUCUCUCGUCUUCCAACCUCCCCGUGGAGCUGACAAACCUGGUAACGAUCCACAGUGACUCCUCCCAGAGUCUUGCCUCGGUGGCAAGCCAUCACCAGCACCUCCAUCACCGCCACUCUCACAUCCAGCCGCCCACCUUGAUCACCAGUCCGGCGUUGCUGAUGGGAUCCUCGACCGCCCUGCACCUGACACAGGUGGGUGUUGGAAUACCGGCCGAUCUUAUUUCUACCAGUGCUCAACCUGUGGCCAUAGCCCUGUCGGGAUACCCCGGCCAAUACACGGCAUUCACUCAGCAAACCUGGACACAACCGGCAGCGACUUCUGCUUAUCCUUUCAACGUUAUGGCCACAGCCGCACCUGUAGGCCAAGAGCCAGCUACUAUCCAAAGAACACACAGUGCCUCAGAUAGAGGGGAUGACUCCCCAAUGGUUGGAGUCUGCAUACAACAGAGCCCUGUGGCUAGCCACUGA